ACCGCGCACUUGUGAUCACUAUAUCCAGUCCAACCGCGUCUCUACUCAAGGGUCGCAUUAGCUUGCCGACCCCCAAAGCAGCUCAUUCUAUCCCAAGCGUUGUGCACGUAUCUGCACAUCUUUUCUAACCCGCGUCCGUUUCUGGAGUCACUGCCGUUCGACUAAUACUCUAUCAUUCACCAUGGCUUCAUUCGAAGACUACGAUGAGUUCGGCAACUACAUCGGUGGGGACCUGGAAUCAGAUGAAGAGGAGGAGAAUGUUCCCCAGCAGACUUUCCAGCAACAGCAGCAGACGCCCGCACCGCUAGAGGGGUUCGAGGAGGAUGAGCCUAUGGAGGCGCCGGCAGAGGACGCACUUAUGCAAGUGGACGAGCCCGUGCAUAAUGCUGUUAUCCUUCACGAGGACAAACAGUACUACCCUUCCGCAUCCGAGGUUUAUGGUGAGGAUGUGGAAGCCAUUGUCCAGGAGGAAGAUACACAGCCGUUGUCGGAACCCAUAAUUGCUCCUGUGAAGGUGCGGAAAUGGACGGUAGAGGAAAAGGACAUGCCGGAGACCCGAUUUGAUAAAGGGUACUUGCUGAAUAUGAUGGCUUUCUCCGAGUUUGUGAGGAACGUAGCUGUCGUAGGGCACCUGCACCAUGGAAAGACGUCUUUGUUGGACAUGUUAAUCUUCGAAACGCAUAAGUUGACAUGGGACGCGGAUAAGCCGCUUCGGUAUACCGAUACCCACCAUUUAUCACGGGAACGCGAAAUAUCCAUCAAGUCGUCCCCCAUGUCCCUCAUCCUGUCCAACAGUGCUGGAAAAUCACAUCUGAUUCACCUUAUCGACACGCCUGGACACGUCAAUUUCGUGGAUGAGGUCGCUUCAGCAAUCCGCUUAGUCGACGGUAUCGUGGUGGUGGUCGACGUGGUCGAGGGGUGCAUGGUCAACACAGAACAAAUCAUACGACAUGCCAUCCAAGAAAAUGUCAAAAUCACUCUAGUAGUCAACAAAAUUGACAGGCUCAUCCUCGAGUUACGGAUUCCCCCAGCUGACGCUUUCUACAAAAUCAAACACACCAUCGAGGAGAUUAAUACCUUCAUCAGUACCAUCAAUCCCGACCCCGAGCUCCGGCUCAGCCCCGAAAGGGGAAAUGUUGCAUUUGCAAGUACAGACUUGCACUGGUGUUUCACGCUGCGAUCGUUUGCGCAGAUGUAUGCAGAUGCGUACGGCCCUCUGGAUGUCCAGUCCUUCGCCGACCGAUUAUGGGGUGACAUCUACUUCAACUCCGAGACUCGCAAAUUCACUCGAAAACCAUCAGACCCGGAGCACAAGCGUACCUUUGUCCACUUCAUCAUGGAGCCGCUCUACAAAUUAUACAGUCAGGUGCUGAGUGAGGAUACCGAGACCUUGAAGGAGACUCUGUCCGGAUUGGGCAUAUCGCUCAAGCCGGUGAUGUAUAAGAUGGAUGUGCGGCCUCUGCUCAAGGCGAUACUGGACCAGUUCUUCGGCCCCGCGGUUGGGCUGGUGGAUAUGAUAGUGGAGAACAUCCCCUCCCCUGUGGAAGCCACAGCUACGAAGGUCGAGCACACAUAUACUGGCCCCCAGACAUCAGAUAUCGCCAAAAGCAUGAAGGAAUGCGACGCCGCAGCACCGGUCAUGGUACAAGUAACAAAGCUGUACCAUACGACGGAUGCGCAAUCAUUCCGAGCUUUCGGACGUGUCAUGAGCGGUACUCUCAAGAAGGGGACAGAAAUCAAGGUGCUGGGUGAAGGGUACUCGCCGGAAGACGAGGAAGACAUGAUGAAGGCUAACGUGGAGGAUAUCUGGAUUAGCGAGUCUCGCUAUUUCAUUCCGGCCGAAGAAGCACCGGCAGGUAACUUGGUCCUCAUCGGUGGAGUGGAUGCCUCUAUAACCAAGACAGCCACCCUGGCUUCCCCUGACAUCGAGGAAGACCUCCACAUCUUCCGGCCAAUCAAACAUAUGACGCAAUCCGUGUUGAGGAUUGCCAUCGAGCCUGUUGCGCCAUCCGAGCUGCCCAAGAUGUUGUCUGGACUUCGGAGUAUCAACAAAUCCUACCCACUUGCCGCGACCAAGGUGGAGGAAAGCGGGGAGCACGUCUUGAUCGGCACGGGCGAGUUGUAUCUCGACUGCGUGAUGCACGAUCUGAGGAGACUGUUCGCGGAGAUCGAGAUCAAGGUAUCCGAUCCUGUGACGAAGUUUUGCGAGACAGUCUUGGAGACGAGUGCUCUCAAGUGUUAUGCAGAUACGCCGAACAAAAAGAACCGUAUCACUAUGAUUGCCGAGCCCUUGGAGAAGGGUAUCGCGGAGGAUAUCGAGAACGGGAAGGUAACGAUGAGGAUGACUCCCAAGGAGCGGGGCACUUUCUUCCAAGAGAAGUACCAGUGGGAUUUGCUUGCCUCACGAUCAAUAUGGGCGUUUGGGCCUGAUGACAGUGGCCCGAAUAUUCUGUUAGAUGAUACCCUGCCUUCUCAAGUUGAUAAGAAGAUGCUGGGUUUAGUGAAGGAGCAUAUCAAACAGGGCUUCCAAUGGGGUGCACGGGAGGGACCAUUAUGCGAUGAGCCUAUGCGGAACGUCAAAUUCCGGAUACUGGAUGCCAGUCUGGCUCAGGAGCCAAUAUUCCGUGGUGGUGGUCAGAUUGUUCCUACGGCUCGGCGUGUCUGCUACUCAUCCUUCUUGAUGGCUGCCCCGCGGUUGAUGGAGCCUAUAUACUACGUUGAAGUUCAGGCACCUGCGGAUUGCAUUUCUGCGGUAUACACCGUCUUGGCCCGACGACGUGGUCACGUCACGCAGGAUAUACCAAAAGCUGGUUCACCUCUCUACACAGUCAAGGCUCUCAUCCCUGUCAUGGACGCGAACGGUUUCGAAACCGAUCUGCGGACUGCGACGCAGGGACAGGCCUUCUGCGUGCAGGUGUUUGACCAUUGGUCGAUUGUCCCCGGUGACCCGACUGACAGUAGUAUCAAGCUGCGCCCCCUGGAGCCCGCAUCAGGUCAGGCCUUGGCAAGGGACUUCGUCCUCAAAACUCGUCGGAGGAAAGGUCUCGGAGACCAGAUUGCGGUGUCAAAAUACUUGGACGACGAGUUUGUUUUGGCUUUGUCGGCAGUAGCGCUCUCUGCUCUCGUCGUCGUAGCCGCCGCUGCGGUCUGCACGGCGGAGGAGACCAAGCCUGUGUUCCAGCCUACUGCCCUCGAAGCUCCAUUCCUUGAACAGUUUACGGAAGGCUGGGACUCGCGGUGGACACCGUCAGAGGCCACGAAGAAGACACCGGUCGGCAAAGAGACCUUCAGCUACGUCGGGAAAUGGGAUGUUGAGGAGCCCAUUACUCCCGUGAUCGAAGGCGACAAGGGCCUCGUAGCUAAGACGAAGGCUGCCCACCACGCCAUCUCUGCGCCCUUCCCUGAGCCAGUCGACUUCAGCGAGAAGCCGCUUGUGGUACAAUAUGAAGUCAAGUACCAGAAGGGUGGGAACUGCGGAGGUGGAUACCUCAAGCUCCUCCGAGAUGGUUUCCAGACCAGUGGAAAGGAGUUUGACGACAAGACGCCUUGGGUGGUCAUGUUUGGGCCUGACUUGACGUGUCCUGGUACUAAGUUGCACUUCAUCUUCCAACACAAGAACCCCAUCACCGGGGAGUACGAAGAGAAGCACCUCAAGAACGCACCCAAGCCCUCCAUUGAGAAGCUCACUAACCUUUAUACCCUCAUUGUUAACCCGGAUAAUACGUACGAGAUUCUUUUCAACGGUGACAGCGUUAGCGAGGGCAGCCUCUUGGAGGACUUUACCCCUGCUGUCAACCCUCCCAAGGAGAUCGACGAUCCUGAGGACAAGAAGCCCGAGGAUUGGGUCGACAUCAAGAGGAUUCCUGACCCCGAGGCCAGGAAGCCUGAGGACUGGGACGAAGAUGCACCCUAUGAAAUCCCCGACGAGGAGGCGGAGAAGCCCGAGGGUUGGUUAGAUGAUGAGCCCGAGAUGAUUCCUGACCCUGACUCCGAGAAGCCUGAAGAAUGGGACGACGAGGAAGAUGGUGAAUGGAUUCCGCCUAUGGUUCGCAAUCCCAAGUGCGACGAGGCACCUGGCUGUGGCGAGUGGAAGCGUCCUUUCAAGCCUAACCCCAACUACAAGGGCAAGUGGUACGCACCCAUGAUCGAUAACCCUGCAUACAAGGGCGAAUGGGCCCCUCGUAAGAUCCCCAACCCCGACUACUUCGAGGAUUUGACUCCUGUCAAGAGCCUCGACAAGAUCGGCGGCGUCGGUAUCGAGCUCUGGACCAUGACGGAGGACAUCCUCUUCGAUAACAUCUACGUUGGCCACUCUGUAGAGGAUGCCAACAAACUGAAGGCGGAGACGUUCGACAUCAAGAAGCCCCUUGAAGUUGCUGAGCAGAAGAAGAACGAUCCUCUUGACGAUGAUGAUGAGGAGAUCGACUGGAAGGAGGAUCCCAUUGGGUUUGUCCGCGAGAAGGUUUUCACCUUCAUUGACGCGGCCAAAGUGGACCCUGUGCUCGCUUUCAAGUCGCAGCCGGAGACAGGAAUCGCCCUCGCUGGCGCUGCUCUCACUUUCUUCGGUAUGCUCGGUGCUUUGUUCGGUCUGGUCGGCGCUUCGCAAAAACCAAUCACCAAGUCCUCGAAAAAGACUGACGCCCCUACACCUGACGACAAGGUCAAGACCGAUACUGCUCCUGUAGCGCCCGCGGGCGGCAAGAAGGAGGAGACGACGGUCAAAAAGCGGAAGUAGCUCUGUUUAAUGGGUUUCGGGCUGUAUGCUAUGUUUCACUUAGCUUGUCUACCGCAAUGCGAUCGCUUUCAAUGGCCAACGAUGGCAUCCCGAGCCGAGGAUGGUUGGCUGACUUGCGCGCCGUUGCGAUGUAUUUUAUUGAACCUAGGUUCCGAAUGCAAUCUUGUGGAUUACUCCUUCGGACAAGAAAGGGCGUGUAUGGCAGAGCAGAGAUAUACGAUAACAUUAUGGUAAGCGGUGGCGUUGUGGCUUCUAUAGAUU